GCACGUGCACUGGCUGUUUUUUUAAUAGUUUGAAGAUGACAUAAAUUAUUGACACUUUCUUACAAAUUGGAUUCGCAUUAUGUAAAUAAACAAUAAUUUUGUAUAAAAAAUGAAUAAGUAUCCCUAAAUUGUGUUAAGUGAUAACAAAAACUUGAAAUUCGUAAUGGCUGCCGAAUCUGGAAUGUUUUUAUUCGAAGUAGUGGUGGGGAGUAUACAGAGCUUUGUGGAAAGCAAAAAUCUAAUAAUCCGCAGUGAAUUCGCUGGUCUCUUCUCACUGGAGCUGAAAGACCCGAGUCAGUUGAAAAUAGUUAUGCCAGAACCUCUACCGCUUCCAGUGAAAGGUAAAAAGGGUAAGAAGGGUAAGAAGAAGAAGAAAAAAAAGAAGCCAAAGAAGAAGAAAAAGAAAGGUAAAAAGGGGAAAAAGGGGAAAAAGAAGAAAGGAGCGCCAGAGCCGCCGAAGCCGCAGAUACAAGCCGGGCAGUCCGUGCUGCUGCCGAGCACGGCCGCCGUCCUGCUGCAGACGAUGCGCGACGAGCCGCUGGAGGUGUCGGUGUGGAGCCGCGAGGAGCUGCUGGUGUUCAUCGGCGCCGUGUCCGUCAAGUGGGACCCGCAGUUCCACACCUACCUGCAGGCGCUGCUGCGCUGCGAGGACCCGCCGCCCGUCACCGUCAUCGAGACCUACAACGUGCGCGACGUAGACAGCUCCAAGAUCAUGGCGCAGGUCGAGCUACAGAUCAAACUGUCCUACCUCAAGGACAGACUCACUACUUCGUUCCGCUCACUGUCCGAUGACCUCAGCAUGAGGAAGUUCCUAUAUACCGGCUUGAAUAACGUCACCACGUCUUUUAUGUGCACUUUGAAAACGUCUGAAGAAAUGUAUAUCGAGAAUGUGGGCAAAAUCGAUGAAACAUUCACUAGCGAGGUGAAGAAGAUAGAGUAUGCGGAUUACAGGAAUGCUCCAGGCACCAACCUUACUAAUUGGGACGAUGCGGAGGGGCAGAUGUGCUGCGCCGGCAACACGGACCCGCCGCCCGCGCUGGAGCCGAGCGGGCUGGUGCAGGCGCCCAGCAUCGACUUCAUCAUUGACUACGUGCGCGGAGUGAUCGCGUCCUGCAACAACGACCUGCGCAUGUUGACGCCGCGGCCCGCCAUCCGCCCGCGCCACCGCGCCGCCGACCUGGACCGCUACUGCUACUGCCGCGAACGCGCCUGGCCGCCCGGCGACCUGGCGCGCCGCUUCCGCCAGGAGGCGCAGUCCGCGCCCUGCCCCGUGUGCCUCGACGCCGCCCAGAAGCCCGGCCCGCGCGGCGGCAUCUUCGACAUGGCCAACCUGCGCGGGCCCUGCGGUAGAACCGAAUGCAAAGUCGCAAGAGAGAUGAGACGGUACAUAGAAAAUCUUGUUGAACAAGACAAUCAGGAGGUCGAUCUAGAAGAAAUCGUUGGCCCCUGUGGAAGCAAGGACUGCACCGUCGCUGAAACCAUACAGAGUUUCCUACUUCAAGAGGGUGAAUUCAGUAAAGGUGGCAACACGGAAGGUCUAUCGACGCAGUGCGGAUGUUUCAAACGAAUGCAAACUAUAUUGCAGAGGAAGACGGAGAGCAGUUCAGAGUCUAGCUCAGACGAAAGUGACGAGGAGGAUGAAAAACCGGCUAAGCCCAAAUCUCCAGGAGUCACCAUCAAUAUAAAUAAUAAUAGAACAUACAUAGUCAAUUACUUCACUGUACUAUAUGACUACAUGAACCACGCAGUACCGAACAGUCCCGCUCCGCCGUCUACCGAAGCGCGUUCCAAUGAAGCAGGUAAUGAUCCAUCAAGCGGUCGUGUUAGCUCAAAAUCGUCGAAGACAAAAACGCCUUCAGAUGUGCAGGGGUCGUCAUCAUCUUCCGACUCGGAUGUCGUGGGUCUGAGGGCGUGCGGGCGCGCGUGUCCCUCGCGCCUGCAGUAUGCGGCGACCACGGACUGCUCGGCGGCGGCGUGCUCCGCUCUGGUGUUGGAGCCGCCGUGCCCCCCCGCGCAGCCCCCGAAGUCCCCCUGCGUCGUGUGCCCCGGCCCUGCCGCGCCCGCCAGCCCCGCCGACAGCGACGUAGUCAUCGACUUCAACAAAAUAGAGAGCAUCUGUCAGCUCAAAGGAUGUGGUGUCGGUGAAAAAGUAAAAGAGUUAAUUGCUGACGCUAUGGCCUCGCAUAAAAAUAAAGAUAAGUCAGAGGAAAGAGCGUGCAUUUGCGAUUGCACAUGCACGUUUAGAUUCUCUAAAAAGACGACGUUCUGUUCGGUGUGCGGCGGCUACGAGUGCCUCGGCGACGACUCGCGCGCCCAGCCCGCCUUCCUGCAGCCGCACCCCUGCCCCGUCUACCACAAGCUGUAUGACAAGGAAAAACUUCAAGUCAAAAGUCCUUGGCCCGAACCAGAAAAGCCGCCGGAUUCCGGUGCUGAGAAAAUUGUCAAAGAAAAACAACCACUCAUAAAGGGCAAUGAUUCAUUCGCCAACUUCAGUGCCGUUACAGUGAAAACAAAGAAAUCUAAAAGAAAGGGGAAAAACGAUAAGAAGAAGCCAAAGGAUAAAAAGCAGCCUAAAACACCAGUCGAGACAAAGAAAGAUGGGUCAAAAAAUAAAGAUACUGAAUCCAAAGGGAAUAAGCGGAAAGGUGGGAAGCGUCGUAAAAAAUUAAAGGCGGGUCCAGCUAAAAGACGCCAGGCUCGGAAACGGAAAACAAAAAAAGUAGGCAAGCAGACCAAAGCCAAGAAGAAACGCACGUUGUCACCGAAAAAGAAAAAAAAUGAGCCAAAACCGGCAUUGGUCAUAAAGAAACACGAGGGAGAAUACUACGUAACGAUGGAAGUCAUUAAGAAGUAUUCGAAGGAGCGUCUUCCCUUUCAGUAUCCAUAUGACAAUGACAAGCCCCCAGUGGUAUACAGAGUUGGCAAAACCAAAGAGGAAAUAAAGAGGUACCAAGAAAAGAAAGAGAGGAAGGAGCGGAGGGAGACAAGAAGAAAACGAGCACUGCUGCAGUCGACCUUCCGUGAUAGGUGCGAGGACAUUUGUUUAAAAGCUUAUAAUCAAGCUAUUGGGGUUCUUCCCCUGCCCAAUCUCAAUGUGCCUGAUUGUCCUUGUGUAACAGAUUCCAAAAUAAAGAUAGCUGAAAAAGAUGGGGCUGAUACACCUCUGGAAUGCCAUGAGGCACCUGACGGCCAGGUCUGUGGAGGUGGUAGUACAGGGUCUCUUCAUAUAAAAGUAAAGAAGCCUCGUGCACCGUGCGGUCAGUCAGAUGAAGCAUAUGCUACUCAUGGCAUUGGUGAUAUAGUGGAUCCUAACUUAACACCUACUCAACACUCUUGCUCAUGCUCAGAUGAAGAAAUGUCCACCUCCGACAGUGAUGGCGACAGCUGGAUCAUUGAGUUCACACCUCCCACGGCGCGGUGGGACCCCAAAGCAAAGCAUCCCCCUGUUUUAACUGCCAGUGAAUCACAGUACGACUUUAAUGAUUACAGAGUAAAACUAACCGACAAACAGGGUAAACCUAUUCCCAGAUUUUUUAUAGGACCAGAUGGAAAAAGGGAAUGUAGUGAUUUGGGCGGUUUCUGGGAUUCGCGACAAAAGUGGCUAGAAAUAAACAAAGACGGCUACAUAGGUCCUGAUAACCGCUGGGUACCCAAUAACUUCAUCGGGCCUGGUGGGAGUCAUGAAAGUUCUAAGGAAGGCACGUUCACAGAUAAAAAUGGUCGUGAAUGGAAAAUAGGUAUAGAUGGAUAUAUAGGCAAAGAUAAUACUUGGGUUUGGUAUUCCAGAAGGCCACGCGACACCAUGUCGAAAACAUCUACAGCCAUUAUACCAUCCACCACCAAAAAACCUGUUGUGACUAAGGAGGAGCCCAAACAGCUUAAACAAGCUGUAAGUAAAGCAGGUCCUAAAGAUAAGUUAGAUCAUCAGAAGACUGACAAGAAAGUUUCCAAAGAUCCCAAAGUUAGCAAAUCACAACAAAAGGUGCAACUACCUCAACAACAAAAACCACAAGCCCAACAACAGAAAGUGCAAGGCAGUAAACAGCAGGAGCAGCGACCGCAGCGGCUGACGAGACCGCUGAUACAGCCGAAGGGAGCACUGCACCAACCGAUGCAGAAGGAGAAGGCGCCGCAGACACCAGCUAAACACGUCACUUACUCGGACCAGGCCAACAAGAAAGUAGCUUUGAACGCAUCCUUAAGCAACGUGUUCGACCGCGACCGUCCUUCAUAUGCGCCCCAUCGGACUACAAGCAAAUCUGCUAAACUGGACCAAGAAAGAAUAGCGAGAUAUGAUGAGAUAAUGCACGACCUUGACACAUCUCCCCACUUCGAAUACAACCCCAACAAAACUAGCAGAGCUUGUAACACAACAAAGAAAGUUUCCCCCUUUACGCUGGAGAGGACAUAUAGUAGAUCAGCGCAGCCUCGUUUUGUCGCGUUACGUCGUCCUGGGGUAAAAGCGGCAGAUACUUUUUCAAACUCUAAAACGAAAUUUUACCAAAGAAAAUUGAAACAAGUGACUGCAACUUUAUAGAUCCGUGUCCACAUAAAAAGUUAUUAAAAUAAUGGCAAUGGC